GAGCAGUAUGCGCGCGAACGUCGUGGAACGCGCACCUCCUUUCCUCCUCUUCGCGGGUCUUUGUUCCGUUCUAUCGUCGACUUUCGUUUCGUUAAAAGACCGUCGAUCGUUUGCUCAGUGCUUGGGCCAGUCUCGUCCCGAUCGAGACACGAAAAUGCAGUGACUCCAACGUACGCGAUCGGUGCCCAAGAAACCAUGAACAAAACGGAAUUGAAAAUAGUUCUGAGCCCGGAGCCGGCUAGAACGUCCUCGAGCGUGAACCACUCGCACAUCCCGGUACCGAGGAUAUCGAACGCGAUCAAAGCUCAAGAAAGAUGUCCCCCGGCUCGCAGGGGAUCGUUCGAGAAGCUGUCCAGAGGCGUAUCGGUCGCUGCUCAAAAGGCGUCCUUCGAGAAGCUGAACGCUUCUGUCCAGCUGCGUCCGAGGAACAACAAUCUAUCCGCCUCGAGCAUCGAGAUGCGAAACUCGGAGGAGAAGCUGGCCACUCCGGUGUUCGCCAGCUGGAAGACGAACGAGCCAGCCGGCCUGGCUAAACUGAACCGCAGCAACAGCCUCGAGAGCAAGUGGAAGAGCAAGUACGAGGAGUCUGAGAAGAGGAGGAAGCUGUUGCUGCAGAAGAGCGAGGCCGCCAGCAAGGACCAUGUCGACCUGGAGAAGAAGUACCAAAAUCUGCAGAGGCAGAACAGCACUCUGCAAACCCAAGUACAGGAGAAAGAACACAAACUUCAAAAACUACGAACAGUUUCCGAGGCGGUAUGCAAGGAAUACGAGCAACUGAAACAUCAAUACGAUGUGGAGACUGGCGCGAUGCACAAAGCUAUGCAACAGGCGUCCCAGUGGUACAGACAGAAUCGCGAACUGAAGAGGAGGUCGCAGAUCAUAACGCAGAAACUUUUGGAGAACAGCGCGGACGGGUUGGAUAUCGAAGUGCCCGACGAAGUCGACUCGAAUUUCGAAGAUCUCGAUCAACUUAGGGAAACGGUGAAAGAACUGAGCAAAGAGAUAGCGAGGCUUCAGACGGAGCUGCAUUCCGCUCGUUUGCAAGAGUUCGAAGCCCAGGAGCAAGUUACGCAUUUGACCACGCAAUUGGAAGAGGAACGAGCUCUCCGGCAAAAUUCCGAGGAGAAAGUGAACGAAAUGAAGGUGCAUAAAGAGAACAUGGAGAGGGUGACGAAGAUGGUCGCGGAGGAAGUGCAGGCGUUGAAGGCGCAAUGCGACCGCGAGAGGGAAAACGCGAAAAUUAUGAAAAUCGAGGCGGAAAGGGUGCAAAAGGAGAGGAACGUUCUGGCUCAUCAGAGCGCACUCUUGAUGGCGGAAGUUGGGGACGACCCCAAUGGAAGACUGUUAACGGUCCUCCAGGAGGUGGAAUCUCUCAAGAGAUUGUUGGAGGAAGAGCAACAGAACCACGCCUCUCACAUACAAAUGUUGGAGGAGAAGCUCGAGGAGAAAGAGUCGAACGUGGAGUUCGAGAUUGUCGAGGAGAAGUUGAAGCUGGCGGAGUCGGAGUUGGAGGUGGUUACACAGAGGGCGGAAAGGGCGGAAAAGUCGGUGGAGAGUCUGGAGGGUGUGGUGCAGAGCUUGAAAGCGAAAAUCGGCGAGAUGGAGGAGAAGCUUUCGAGGCCACCGCCGCCCCCUCUGCCUCCUCCACCUCCUCCGCCUAUGUUCAACAACGGCGGUCAAACGUCGAUCAAACUGCUGACGAAAGAGAAAAUGAAUUUGGAACGCGACGCGGUGACCGACAUGGAGAACAUGCUUGGAAUCGCAAAAAAGGCACCAACGGUUGCUCAACAACCAGCCAUUGACGACAUUAUCAAUCAGAUCAAAGGUGGACGUUUCACUCUGAAACAGACAGACAAACAAAGGGAGGAGGAAAGAAGAAGAAGACAGGAAGCGGAAAGCGCACCGCCAGCGGUUUCGGAAAUGUUAAAUAUUUUAGGAACCAUGAGAAGAAGAGCCAAACCGAUGAAACAACCUUACCAAUCAACAGAUGUGCCAACAUAAAAAACUGGACGUUAUUUUGAAAUCUCAGGUUACGCAUGUUGCGUACCGUUGUUGAUAUAUUGAUUACGAUACGUUUUUUUUUUUUUUUUUUUUUAAACAAAAAUUUGUUCUACGUAAAUGCUGUUUAAAGUAAUGUUAUUUAUUUAGUCGUAAAAUAAAUUUUUGUACCAUCGAAGAAGAUAUAUAGGCUCGCGAUUAACGUGCAAGACGUAUUUUUCUAUGUGUAAAGAAAC